CUGGCGUAGCUGUGGUUUCUUUUUUUUUGAGUGUGUGAGAGAUCGGAAAUCAUGUACGAUGUGAUGUUGGAAGAGGCGAAGCUGUGGUUCGACAAACCUCGGGUCAAUUCUCCUCCACCACUACCACCUUGUCCACCAGUAGACGAAGAUUCCGACGACGAGGAGGUAGAUCCGGUGGCAUGGGAGAAGUAUCAACGACAAGUAUCCGAGUCUGGCGGUUUCGAUGUGGACUUGUUCUUUCAACCUUUUGGUGGGAUAAUUCCCGGUGGAUGUAGUGAUCACAGCUUACUCUUCGGGAAGGUCGGACUCCAUUGUUACAACCUUGAAAAGGGCACUAACUUGCAGUUCAAGGAAGUCACCAAAGUCAAUUCACAAAUCUGUUCAAUUUUAACGUUUUACAUCACACUGGAGGCCACUGAUCCUUUCCACGACAACUCAGUUGUUACAUUCCAGACCACUGUCACCGAUACUGUGCUCAAGCAUCAAGCACGUUUGAGAAUCUUCACAACUACUUGCAGAAUCAAGCCUCAAGUCCCUGGAACGGGAGAACUAGGUUCCAUUUGGUACCCUGAUAAUGAUGUAGAUCCCUGUUACAAAGUUGACUUACCUAAUUGGCUACAAGAUGAUGCACUUUCCGGAGAUGAUAAGCUUCAAUUCUAUGAGGUGAGAGAUUGGGAGUUGAAGGAAAACCAGUGGCUUUAUCUAUACGCUGAGUUUGCAUUGUUCUCCCAUUGGGAAGAUGACCUGAGUGCUUAUAUGCCAUUUGAGAUGAGGAAAGUCUUGGUACAGACAAAGGAAGAUAUGAAGCUCAAGUCGGGCAAUGCAGUCUUCUACCUGAGUUUCAAGGCCCGUGGUGGUCCAGAGUGCCGAGGUAUAGUAAGGAGAACAACUGAUGGGAGACCUGGACACAUGUGCCUUGAAACUAGGUGUUGGAUUGACAAGUAGAGUUACUGGUUCUAUCUCUCUCUGGUUGUUCUGUAUUUCAUAUGCAUGAUAUUGGGAGCAUUUUGUUAGCAUAACCAGGAUCUUAGAGGAUCAGCCAUUUGAACAUCGACCAAUCAACUA